AUGGAUGUGGGCGCAGACAAGAUGGUUCCGUCAACCGUCGGCACCCCAGAUGUCAACCCGCACCUAAGUCCCGUCCACCACCACCGAGGCCAUGUCUCCCAUAACUCCGCCCAUGGUUCUUCAUCUGCUUCCGCCUCCGAUCUCGAGAGGCCUCAUAACGCGCUGAGAGGCCAAUGUUGCGACCGCAUUGACACGCCAAUUCCCCCUGGUCUCAGCAAUGUGUUAGAAGCUCCCAACGUCAGCGAUCUUGCGGAGCCGUCCAACAGGGCCGCGGAUAACAUCAUCGAAUCUGCUAUCAACGGUACUUUCAGUGCUAUCACGGCCUCGGAGCCCGAACAACACUCUCCUCCACUCCCUCAGUCGCCUUUCCCGCCUCGCGCCCAGAAAUCCCUCUACGACCGUCGCCAUCGCAACAACGCCCACUCAAUCGACUCCCUGCCCCGCCAGACCAUCAUGAAGGCCCUGGCGUCUCGCGCACCGCCCUCGAACCUCUCCAUAGCUUCUUCAAUCAACGAACUGCUGGCCAGUAGAGACGAGAACGAAGCUCGGGAGGAGCCCAUCACAUCCAAGCGCCUCUCCGCCGCCCUCGCCGGUCUCUCCCUCAGCUCAACCUCGCUCUCCGCCAGCAAGAUGGCCGCGCUAGCCUCGCCCUGCUUCUUCCACAAGAAGUUCGACAAGGCCGUAAACAUUGACAAGGUCCUCGAGGAGAUACAGGACUCAUCGUGCGAGGGCAUGUCGCAUAGCCGGUUGAUGCAGACGGCAACCGGCGUGCGCGAAGUUUCGCGCCAGCUCCAGCGCAGGCCUAUCAAGAUCACAGUCCGCAAUGUCAUGAUCGUGACGAAAGCGCGAGACAACCACCUUGUACAGUUGACGCGCGAGCUGACGGAAUGGCUCCUCACGACGCCGCGCUACGGCUCAGACGCCGGUGUGAACGUUUACGUCGACGCCAAGCUCCGCAAGUCCAAGCGCUUUGAUAUGGAGGGGCUUCUGGCCAAGGAUUCCCGAUUCGAGCACAUGCUGCGCUUCUGGACGCCGGAUCUCUGCUGGACAUCCCCCGAGAAAUUCGAUCUUGUUCUGACCCUCGGCGGCGACGGCACCGUGCUGUACACAUCCUGGCUUUUCCAGCGCAUCGUGCCACCAAUCCUCUCCUUCAGCCUCGGCAGCCUCGGCUUCCUGACCAACUUCGAGUUCUCACGCUACAAAGAGCAGCUGGACAAAGUGAUGUCCUCGGCCGGGAUGCGCGUCAACAUGCGCAUGCGCUUCACCUGCACCGUGUACCGCUCCUCGCCCGGCUUGACGCCGCACUCCCCCCGGCGCCACACCGAAGCCGAGCAGUUCGAGGUGCUCAACGAACUCGUCAUCGACCGCGGCCCUAGCCCUUACGUCUCCAGCCUCGAGCUCUACGGCGACGACCACAAACUCACCACCAUUGCGGCGGAUGGCGUCAUCUUCAGCACGCCCACGGGCUCGACGGCCUACUCGCUGUCCGCGGGGGGGUCACUCGUGGCGCCGGACAUACCGGCGAUUCUGCUCACCCCCAUCUGUCCGCACACGCUGUCGUUCCGGCCGAUGAUCCUGAGCGACAGCAUGCUGCUGAAGGUCAAAGUCCCCGAGCGGAGCAGGGCGACGGCUUAUUGCGCGUUUGACGGCAAGGCGCGCUUGGAGCUGCGGCAUGGCGACGCCGUCACGAUAUCCGCGAGCUCGUAUCCGUUCCCGACUGUGCUGGCGGAGCCGACGGAGUGGUUCGAUUCGAUUAGCAGGACGCUAAGGUGGAAUUCGCGGAGUGCGCGGCAGAAGGGGUGGGGUGAGGGCGAGGGCAGGAGAGCAGAAGAGAGGGAGGAGGGUGUGCAUGGUGAAGGAGAAGAGGAAGCAGAAGAAGAGGAAGAGAGCUUCGACAUAGACAUAGACGAUGAUGAUUACGAUAAUGCUAGUGCGCACGAGGACGCGAGCAGGGACUCGGGCUACUCGGCGGGGAGCAGUAGUGCGGGAGGCCGGGGAAGUCCGGUUCGGAAGAGGACGAUGAUCGAGGGCUUCACGUAG